CUUAUCACAUAAAACAAACCAAUACUACAUUACUACGUCAUUCCUAGGUAGCAUCGUUCAAGGUUGUCUGAAACUCUGAAUGGCGAGGAAGAAGAUCAGAGAGUACCACUCCAAGAAGCUCCUCAAAGAGCACCUCAAACGCCUCGCCUCCAUCGACCUUGACAUCAAAUCCGCUCAGGUCACUGAAUCAACGGAUUUUGCUGAGUUGACUAACCAGCAUCCAUGGCUUUCAUCCACCAAACUGGUUGUCAAGCCAGACAUGCUGUUCGGGAAGCGUGGGAAAAGUGGCUUAGUAGCUCUCAAUUUAGAUGUUGCCCAAGUUGCUGAAUUUGUCAAAGAACGCCUUGGCGUUGAGGUUGAGAUGGGUGGUUGCAAAGCACCUAUAACUACGUUUAUUGUUGAGCCCUUUGUUCCUCAUGAGCUAGAGUUUUAUCUGUCUGUUGUUUCUGAAAGGUUGGGCUCUACCAUCAGCUUCUCAGAAUGUGGGGGCAUAGAAAUUGAAGAGAACUGGGAUAAGGUUAAAACUAUAUUCCUUCCAACAGAGAAACCUAUGACUUUGGAGGCAUGUGCGCCCUUGAUUGCUACUCUUCCCUUGGAGGUUCGGGGGAAAAUUGGCGAUUUCAUAAUGGGUGUGUUUGCUGUCUUUCAAGAUCUGGACUUCAGUUUUCUAGAGAUGAAUCCAUUUACACUAGUGGAUGAGAAGCCAUAUCCACUGGACAUGAGAGGGGAAUUGGAUGACACGGCUGCAUUCAAAAACUUCAACAAGUGGGGUGAUAUAGAGUUUCCAUUGCCUUUUGGAAGAGUUCUAAGCCCUACAGAAAGCUUCAUUCAUUCCUUGGAUGACAAGACAAGUGCAUCUUUGAAAUUUACUGUAUUGAAUCCAAAAGGACGCAUCUGGACAAUGGUGGCUGGAGGUGGUGCAAGUGUAAUUUAUGCUGAUACUGUUGGAGAUUUAGGCUAUGCAUCCGAGCUUGGCAACUAUGCUGAGUAUAGUGGAGCUCCAAAUGAGGAGGAAGUGUUGCAGUAUGCAAGAGUCGUAAUAGAUUGUGCUACUGCAGAUCCUGAUGGCCGUAAAAGAGCCCUUCUUAUUGGAGGUGGCAUCGCAAACUUCACUGAUGUUGCUGCCACAUUCAGUGGGAUUAUUCGAGCCCUGAAAGAGAAGGAAUCAAAGCUUAAAGCAGCAAGAAUGCACAUCUUUGUCAGAAGAGGUGGUCCAAAUUAUCAGACUGGUUUGGCAAAGAUGCGUGCAUUGGGGGAGGAAUUGGGAGUACCAAUUGAGGUUUAUGGGCCGGAGGCCACAAUGACUGGCAUCUGCAAGCAAGCUAUUGAUUGCAUCAUGUCUGAAGCAUAGCAGAGUCCUUUCUGUCACCAGCAUCAUCAUUUUGCAUUCCAGAGACUUAUUUGAUGUUUUGAUGGAUGUAAGUUUGUAUCUAGGAGACGAGGAGUAAGAUUGAAGGCAAGAGGAUAUGAAUGUUGCAAGCCUGAACUUCUUUUCUUCUUUUCUUCCUGUUGUUAUUUUGACCAAAACGUUACUUGAAAAUAUAUGUGAAAAAUGUAUUUUUUUUUAUACAA